AUGGCCUCAGACGCACAGCACACCGGUGGAGGGGACCUCUCUGCCAAUCAAACGCAGGCAGCUGGCCACACCCCCCACACAGAGGGUGCACCCAAAGACCACCUCACCGUCAUCUCCGAAGCCACCGAGACCAGUAACGGCGUGUGCUCAGUGGUGGACUCCGCCCCCGUGUCCCUGUCGCCGGGUCGCCGGCCGAGCCACCAUGGUAACGGACGACCCCGCGCCGGCAGCCGCACGUCGGUGAGCUACCACGGCUCGCCCCGCCCCUCUCUACAGCCGGCGGCGGGGCAUGAGGACGGAGACAAGCCCAAUGACUACCUGCUCUGGGCCAUCCUGGCAUGCCUAUGCCCCGUGUGGCCAAUCAACAUCGUCGGACUCACGUUCUCCGUCAUGUCUCGUAACAGCCUGGCUCAGGGUAAUGUGGACGGAGCUCGGCGUUUGGGGCGGAAUGCCAAGAUUCUCUCUCUCGUCUCCUUCAUCGGAGGAAUCAUCAUCAUCGUCACCGCCGUUACCGUCAACCUAACCUAGGGCUCUGAAGGUUCUUACUCUUGUUGGCAUGACAACCAGCAGCUGCUGACACCAUGGCAACCAACUGCGCCUCCCCUCACAUCAGCAUUCUCUCAAAAU